AUGCCACAGUUGGCCAAUACACCAGAGUCUCUGUUGCCUCGAUCUGACUCACGAAACCCAGCGUCAACAUGCCGAGGUAUUAAUGUUAACGGCAAGCCAUGCCGUCGCACAUUGGCAGCGUCUGCUCGGUCUGCAGCAGCCCUAGGCGGAGUGGUUGCAGUGCUCAAUGGCCAGAGUCAUCAAACUGUUGACCCGACUGCUUUCUACUGCUGGCAACAUAAAAAUCAAGCUUCACAUUUCAUCGACAAACCGUCCCAGGCAAGGCAAGCACAACUCAUUGCUCUUGGUAAUAGAACCAGCAUUGAUAGCUUGGUAGAGCGAUUAGGCAUAUUGGAGGUCAAUGAUGACCAGGAAAAACAACGCAAACAUACUCAGCCUAGCAUCAAGAAGGAUAAAAACCAUUAUAAUGGAUCAAAUCGCAAUUCGGAAAGGAAAACUCAAACUAAGGAAAGUCCAUUCUGCUGCUUCAAAGUAGUGGAUGACGUUGAGAGCCUACCAACAGCACGGCGAGUUACGAGCCCAAACCACGAAAGCUCACACAAGAGGUCAACAGUCCCUCGGCCUUCGCCUUCUGCGACACCCCAACGGCCUGUCUUUAUUCGGGAUCCCCGAUCAAGCGAAUCGCCUAUUGUCCAACGUCGAUCGGCUCCGGUAACUCCAGAGCGUUGGCACAACACUCCGCAACAGACACCGUUAUCGGGUAGAGAGCAGUACUUAAAAACACCAACACGCCCAUCACCAUCAGCUACAUCUUACUCACACACAUCGGAGACACCUCCAUUGCUGUCACUGAUACCGCAGCAUCUAAGCCCUCAGACAACGGCGCUUUUGUUGACAGAAUUGGCAAAGCCAAUCUCAGAUGCAGAUGAAGAUGGCUAUAUUUACAUCUUCUGGGUGACGCCUCAAGGACCUAAUACGACCGAAUCACCACCGGGAGAUAUUGCCUUGAAUCUCUUGCCGCCUCCAGGCCGACCAAAUCAUUUUCGGCGAACGAGUGAUGCUCUGCGCGCUGCACAGACUAUUGAUCCUCGCUCAAAAGGAUCGGCGGGUCAUCCAGGAACUAUUCGCCUGAAGAUUGGGCGCACAAGCAAUGUCCAUCGUCGCUUAAACGAGUGGUCUAAACAAUGUUCGCAUAAUCUCACGUUGAUCCGAUAUUAUCCCUAUACAGCUUCAUCCCCAUCGCCGUCUCCGGCCAGAAGGCCUGGCAGUGAGACUUCUCAGGGACAUGGUCGACGUGUACCUCAUGUCCAUCGUGUGGAAAGGCUGAUUCACAUCGAGCUUGCCGAUCAGCGAGUCAAAGGCGAAGGUCCAUGUCCCCACUGUGGUAAGGAGCACAGGGAAUGGUUUGAGCUCGAUGCUACUAAAGAGGCCUUGAGGCGUGUGAACGACUGUGUUCGACGUUGGGUCUCAUGGGGGGAGCAGCACACAUGA